UGGGGGUGUCUAACGCCCAAUUGCGCAACAUCGGUCGGCAGCAUUCGAAACUGGAUGCGGAGGUCGAAGCUCUGGAGGAGGACAUUUUGGCGGAGCAGCAAAGGAUUUAGGAGAAGCAACUGAAACUGCUUCGCUUGCGGAAACAAAAGAAAUUGUGGUUUGAGAAAAUAAUGCGAGCUGUGUCUCGCGGAAUUGAUGACUUGGAGGAAUUGGAUCGGGUGGAGCGUGAGGAGGCGGAACAGGAGGAGCGUCGACGAUCAACCGAGGUCCUGCCUGAAGUGUCCUUGGAGUCGCUUCUUCCGGAUUCCAAUUUUGUCUGGGAUUCGACUUUCCCGAUGGGUCCUCUAAAUCCUUCGUUGUUGGAUGAGAUGAAUGUUCUUGCGCAACAUUCCGUUGGUUCGUCUGGUGGUAUGGUUUCGAGUCCUGGUCGGCCCUUAACUUCUGGGAAUGAUCCAACUCCUGAUAGUAUUGGCGGAGCGGUUCCUGGCAAUCCUGGAGGUGGUUAAGGGGUUCCCAAGUGUUUUCUUCAUGUCCGUAGUUUUCCCAUUUAACAAGGUAUUCUGUUUUGCCGUGGUUGCGUCUGUGGUCGAGUAUUUGUUCAACGUCGUAAGUUUGUUCUGCGUCGAUCUCGAUCGUUUCUUGUGUGCUGGUGCCGUGUGGUGCCGGCUCCAGUAGU